AUGCUACGCAAUACAAAAUUCUAUAAGCACGCCUUGGAGGCACAGCGCAUUCCACUGCCGGAGCCGCUGCCGCCCAAUUAUAUAGACAAUCUGCACGAAAUAUUCUUUGAGCAGAUCUUCGAGCGCAUCGAUUACAUAAGCGAUCAGGUGAGGAUGGCUCGUGCCUAUCCACAGUUCCUGCCACAGGUUCUGCGCUUGUGGCAGAAGCGUUGGCACUAUCGCAUUGUUGGCCCAAAUACCGCCUUUUUGGGCCUGCUGGACAUCGAGGAUUAUGUGUUCUUCAUGGAGCAAAUGGCCAGUCGCUUUACCGAGCUGCAUGUGCACGAGGAUGGCGUUGGCUCCUUUGCCGAGUUCUAUGAUUAUAUAAGACAUCUGUGCGAUAUCAACAUAAUCCGAUUUCCCAGUGUGGAAUGCUGUGUGCUCGCCGGCAAUCCCAAUACCAUGGUGGAUGAGGAUAUACGCGAUCUGACCGCAAUGCUGCCCAACCUGAAACGCCUCACAAGCUGCAUGAAUCUCUCUGGCCUAUAUAUGCGCGGAUUCAAGAAACUGGAGCAGCUCGUGUUCAAGUCCAUGUACCAUUCGGUGCCGCUAGACAGCCGCUGGAUGCAGGAGAUCUGUCUUAGCAUGACACAAUUGCGCGUACUGGACAUCACCGACUCCUUCGACAGCAGCGUACGCCUGUACGACAUCAAGCUGCCCAACCUGGAGGUGCUCAAGAUCAAUCUGAGUAGCGUCGAGUGCAUGCUAUCCCAGGUUUUGCAGCUGCCCAAGCUGCGCAAGCUGGCCGUGCGCUUUGAUGACUCCCGUCAGCUGCACGCCGAUCAGGAGACCAUCUUCCAGCAGAUAGUUGUCGCCAAGAGCGAAUCCAUCACACGCAUUGCUCUGAACAAUGAGGUGGUGCAGCUGCCCGCACGCUGGCAGCAAAGCCUGCUCCUGGAGCUACCCAAGCUGCGGGCGCUGGUCUGCGAGAACUGGUAUCAUGAUGUUUUCUUUCUGGAUCGCCAGCACAUACCCUGCGAACAGAUGCAGGUUCUCAGCUUCAGUGGCUGGGAGGUAGUGCGAGAGUAUCAGCUGCUCGAGCUGGUCGCCGAGUGUCCGCAGCUCAAACAGCUCGCUCUCAAUGGUUAUCACAGCAACGUGGACAAGCUGCAGAAGCUCCAGGCCAUACGCAGCCUGGAACGCAAUGCCAAGCCUUUACAGGUGUUUAGCGAGGUGAUGUGGACACAUCUCCAGCCCAGCGAAUACCAGCACUGGCGGUGCAACAAGCACGUGCAGGUGACCUGCGAUGGCAGCGACUACGAGUACCAGGAAGAUGGCUUUGAGUUUGAUUUUAUCUAG